CGAGUGUCAGGAAGCGUUGGGGUUGCGGUGAACGGGGUUACUGUGGAGGUGUCAAAUAACUUUUAAAUACAACCUUUUUUAUUUUAUAAAAUAAGCUCCUAUUAACGUGACGUGUUCCACAAGUUAAACUAUGUCAACCCCGGCUAGAAGAAGACUUAUGAGAGAUUUUAAACGACUACAAGAGGACCCUCCAGCUGGUGUCAGCGGUGCCCCAUCUGAAAACAACAUCAUGGUGUGGAAUGCAGUCAUAUUUGGCCCUGAAGGAACUCCCUUUGAGGACGGUACAUUUAAACUCAUUGUUGAGUUCACAGAAGAAUACCCCAACAAACCCCCCACAGUACGAUUUGUGUCAAAGAUGUUUCAUCCAAAUGUCUAUGCAGAUGGCAGUAUAUGUUUGGACAUUCUACAGAAUCGGUGGAGUCCCACUUACGAUGUCUCCUCUAUUCUGACAUCUAUCCAGUCUCUGCUUGAUGAACCAAACCCCAACAGUCCAGCCAACAGUCAGGCAGCUCAGCUGUACCAGGAGAACAAGCGGGAGUACGAGAAGCGUGUGUCUGCCAUCGUAGAACAAAGCUGGAGAGACAGUUGACCUGACAAUCCUGAUAGCUGCUCUCUCCAUUGUUAAGCUGUGUGUGCUGCAAGUUUUAGUGGAGUACCUCUUAAUUUUUGGGCCCCCCACCACCACCUUUUCCGAUUUUAAGCUUUUAUGCACUUUACCUUCAAUUACCCUUCAUAGAAUGUUUUUUUUUUUUCGUGCCCGCCAAGAGGGAUUCAUUUUUUCUAAUCUAUCCUUUUCCAGUCCGUCAGGGGAAAUGUGCUGAAUCUUGCCUUGAUGUUUUGUCAAUAUGGACUCGUGGGCCAUUACCCAAAAAUUCUGGUGUUCUAACUCAUUUAAUAACUCCCCAUGACUAAUUAUGUUAAAUGUUUUGGAGGUGUAUUAAUGAAGGCAUGGGUGCUCUUCUGUUAUGCUCCUCAUCUUUUCUGUCAGUUUUUCACAAGGCAGUUUGUCUGAGCUCCUAUGAGAUCCUACCUUUUCCCUGGGAGAAUGAGCAGCAUGAGCAUCAGGGACUACUACCUAAAUCAGACAUCUACACCAUGUCUUACUGUGUUGUGAACUGUUACAUGCAUGACAGAAGGAGUGUAUUCACGUUCUUGUUCAGUACUCAUGUAUAUAAGAAACCUGCAACUGAAUUUAUGUACAGAUUUUGCACUGGUUGUCCCCCAUGUCAUGUUUUUUCAGCACUUGUAAAUAAAAAAAAAGGCGAAUCCA